UCUUCUUCACCGAAGAUGUUAAACAGACUCUCCUGGAAUAAAGCUGCCGCGGAUGAACAGGUCUACUGUUUCUCCAGUUUCUCAGACAUGGAUCCAGAUCCAGAUCUCUCCAUCGUCCUCCUUGGGAAAUCAGGAGCUGGUAAAAGUGCUUCAGGAAACACCGUGUUAGGACGAACAGUGUUUGAGUCAAAGUCUUCCUUCAGAGCAGUGACUCAAGGAAUCAGGGAGGAAACAGGACGAGUGUUUGGGAAACAGAUCAGAGUCAUUGACACUCCAGGAAUAUUAGAGUCACAGCAGGAGAUUGAGACCUGUUGUCAGGACCUCCUGAAGUCCAACAGACCUGUUCUGUUCCUGGUGGUGACCUCCAUCAACCAGUUCUCUGAGGAGGACCAGGAGGCCGUAGAGGCAGCAAUCAGAGUCAUCGGGCCUCAGGGCUUCAAAAACACUUAUCUGCUAUUCACAGGUGGUGACGCCUUAAAAAACAUGGAGCUGGAUGAGUUCCUCCUGACAGAUGCUGGAGGUUCACGUCUAAAUGCUGUUAAAAUGAGCUUUGAAGGCAGGCAUCAUCUGUUCAACAAUCAGAACGAGGAUCAGGAACAAGUUGAAGAACUGCUGGAGAAGUCGGGCCACCUCCGCUCUGAGCCACCAGACAGGUACAAAAUCCACUCGAGAAGCUGCCUGAGGAUCAGUGGUUAA